GUGUUUAUUAUAUAAUCCAGCCGUCCGUCCUGCGGAUCCGGGCAGACCGGAUGAGAGGACUUCAGCAACUAGUAUCCCGGUAACAGGCAGGCUGGAUGUCUGCACUGAGCCGAGGCGAACAAACGGUUAACCAAAGAUGCAAGAACUGCAGCAGAGACACCGAGGAGGAGGAGGACAAGAAGCCGGGGACAGCACACCAGCAGCGGACGGACACCGACAGAUCCAGGACAGCCUCACUGGGGGAUGUGUUUGAUCCGCCGGCCUGUAAGCUGAGGGAGACGCGGCAGUCUGGAGAUCUGCAUCUUAUUACUAAAGACAUAAAACCUGUGUCAAAGCUAGAGGAGCCAGGAUGGUGACCAUGGAAACCCCAGAGGCUCCUGUUCCCCUGACGGCGUUGUCACGCUGGUACCUCUACGCCAUCCACGGCUACUUCUGUGAGGUGAUGUUCACCGCAGCCUGGGAGUUUGUGGUCAACUGCAACUGGAAGUUCCCCGGUGUGACCAGCGUGUGGGCGCUCUUCAUCUACGGCACCUGCAUCCUCAUCGUGGAGCGGAUGUACCUGAAGCUGCGUGGCCGCUGCCCCGUACUGCUGCGCUGCAUCAUCUACACGCUAUGGACAUACCUGUGGGAGUUCGGCACGGGGCUGCUGCUGCGCCAGUUCAACGCCUGCCCCUGGGACUACUCUGAGUUCCGCUACAACUUCAUGGGACUGAUCACAGCCGAGUACGCGGUGCCCUGGUUCUGCGCUUCCUUCAUCGUGGAGCGCUUGGUCAUCCGCAAAACACUGCGGCUGCGCUUCCACGAGGGUCCCGAGGACGGCUGGUCAAACCACCGGUCGGACGCUGGAGGCGGAGGAGGAUCAGCAGGGACUUUGGGGGGUGGGAGGAGAAGAGAGAGGAGCAGAGGGAUGGGAAAUGAUGCUAAUGGCUACCUUAAAGUGGAAUGAAUCAGGACACAGUCUGAAACCAGCCCAAUCGCUCUGCUACACCUCUUCGACCGUCCUCAGCCACUUUCCCUUUAACAGUAUGGGGGGAGGACAGACAGCUGUGUAGACUGGGCUGGUGUGCAGAGGUGUAAAGAGUAUCAGAACAGCCAGAAAACGAACAACUAAACGGGCCUUCAAAUGCCCAAAUCACUCACUGUGUCCUCUACCGUUAACACAGGGGCGCAGUAACUCCAUGCUGCUGUGUUUGCUGCAUUUCAUAACGCACCCACCCAUUUCCAUGUGGGGUUGACCUUAAGGAGAUCAGGGUCUUAAAUGACCAGGAUUACACUUUCUCAAUCUCUCCUGUCCCACAGGACAAGAACUUGGGAUUUAAAAAAUAACUACUGUUGCAAAGAUUAACAUUAUUCUCCUGUGAAGGAACUAAUUCAAGAACAAGUACAGUAUUUGUCUGUCAAGGGCACAUCAGUCUAUAUGAAAGCAGAGUGCUUGCUGCAUAGAAAUCAUAAUAAAAAAGUAGCUGCAUUAGUGAAAUGUCCUUUUUAAAAUGUACAUAUUGUCCUUUAGUAUUACUCAAAGUACUGUAGUAAUGUAGCUACAAAAGGAGCAUACUGUCCACCCAGAAGCAAUGCGCCGUGCGUCAGCUUACGCCAUCAAGAAUGUUUUCUGCAUUUAGUGAAUACCCACAAUGCCUGGAAAAAAUGCAUGGGAAAAAAUCGUCUUCCAAUAUAAUCGACAUUUUCGUGGAGCUCAUUCAGCAGCCAUGCCGUACGUCUCCUGAAUCAGCCGGAGGUCGAGCCGCUCCGCCACUUAUCAGGGUCGAUCGGUUCUCCUCUUCCAGAAACAGCAUGUCGAAGUGUCCUUGAGCAAGACAUGGAAACCCCAAACUGCUCCCGGUCGAGCAGGUCAUGGCCUUGCAUGGCAGCUUCUCCGCCAUCGUUGUGUGAAUGGAUGUGUGCGUGUGUGUGUGUGCGUGUGUGUGUUUGUGGGCAGGCUAAUGUGACAGCUCUAAAUAUAUCCAGUCCAUUCACCCUAAUAGCAGGGACGCCUUUCUGUUGAUGGUCCUGAUUGUGAGUCAUGACCAUCAUCAUAAAGCACCAAACCUCUUCGUAAUUUCCUUUCUGCAGUUUUUCAAAAAAAGCCUGUUCAUGACUCACCGUCUGCAUGUCCGUUUAGCGUGCUGCGAUGUCGUGUCAGAUAUGCCAAGGUCACAUAAGCCUCGUUUCUGACGUCUCGUUCACUGGAAGUCAGUAGUCAUUCCUGUCAAUUCACACAAUUUAUGGAACAUGUUUUUUUCUUAAGCAAAUGGCGUGUGUGCUUUUUUCUUAUUAUUUUUCCCUUUGGCUGUGAAAGUGUUGCCACACAAUAAAAAAAAGAAGUGUCUAACAGCAGUAGACAUUUAUGAGUGACAGCUGGAUGAACAGUAGCCAAGGCUUGUAGAUCAGGGGUUUUUUUGACUUGAAAAAACACGUUUUACACGAACAAAACGUCACAUUCACGAGGCACAUUUUGUCCACCGGAGCAUAUUUCCAGAAGGUUAUUGACCCUCUCCCUUCACCCUUCUCUUUUGUGUUUGCUUUUGACAAGUAUGUGAAGUGAAGGGGAGGGAAUGUGCAGCAGGUUUUGGUGAUAAUUUAUUGAAGAAUCUGUCACUUUUCAGCUGAAAUGGAAUUUGCUGCUCGUUUUUUUUUUUUCUUUUCUCCUACACUAAUGGUCUGUGAGUUAUAAAUGAUUUGUGUUGCUCGGUGAAUAAUGAUCUCUACGGUGUUACAGUGGGUUUUGUCGUGUGAGACAGCCUGCAGAAGUGACAAGAUAGGAUGCUAAGUGGGGUAAAAUACUCAGAAAUUUCAACAUUUCAGGUAGUGUUAGGUUAACUAUAACUUGACAGCACUCUUGUCUUACAUGGGAACAUCCAGAUAUCCGGUACUCUAAGCUGCUGAUAAACAUUCUGGUGUUGUUUGCAAUUCUAUUCUGGAGGUAGAAAAAUCAAGGACUAUACACUUGCCUCCCUAUGCAUAAAGGAGGGAAUGUUUCCAGCCUGAGUCAGAGGAUGCGGUGCUACUAGUUAGUAUAAAAAAAGCCCGGACACAUCUGUCUCUACAUCGGCUCCAAGGUACCAAGAGGAUUGCUUGAAAUGGAAAUAUGUUUGCUGGAUUCCCCGGGAGGACUGUUUGUGCGGUUGACUCAUGAUAACAUGUUGUGUUGACAAUAGAUGAUCUCUCACAAUUAAUAGAUAAAUGCAAAAAAAAUAAAUGAACCCACAUCUUUUCCCAUUUUUCCAGAAUGACGCCAGACUGAGUAAAUGUGUGACCUUCAUCAGGGCGGUUUGUGUUUCCACCCUAAACAUCUCCCUGCAGGUUCAGAAGGUUGGUCGACAUCACAGAGGAAGUGGCGCCCCCCAGUGGAUGAUUUAAAAAUUCAAAACGUUUUAUUAACCCUCCUGUUGUCCUCAUUUAUGGGCACUAAAGGAUAUCCAAAAAUUCAGCAAAAAAUUCACCAAAUUUCUGGAAAUUUGCAAAACCUCCAGGAAGAAAAGAAAAUUCCAAAAAUUCCUUAAGAAUUUUAUUCUGAAAAAAAAAUCCCCAACUGUGGCAAGAAAAUUCUUCUAAAUAUUUUUUUUUUAAAAUUAGUAGAAAUCUUUUAAAAAAAUCCUCAAAAUAUCUAAAGUGAUUACAUAUAUAUCAGUAAAACUUCUAAUAUUUUCUUUAAGAACAUUUAUAGAAAAAAUCAAUCAACAUCCAGCAAAAUUCGUUGGAUUUUGGUUGAUUUUUUUGUAUGAAUGUUCUUAAGAAACAUUUUUAAAAAGAUGUUCUAAAAUUACCCAAAGUUGUUGAAAAUGUGGGCAUCAGAAGCUUCACUCUGAAUAUAUAUAUACUGAAGGAAUAUAUAUAUAUAUAUAUAUAUAUAUAUAUAUAUAUAUUCAUUCCACAUUUUUAGACUUUAAAACAGGUCAAUUUGACCCGCAGGACAACAUGAGGGUUAAGCUUGGACAAGAAAUAUGAAGUCACACAAACUCAUAAAGCUCAAGAAGAAUGAACAUUUUUGUGUUUUUUUCCUCCUAACAUGUUUCAGUUGAAUUAACACGUAUCUAAUCUAUUUUUUCAUACAUGAACCAACAGGCUUAAAAGCAAUAGAGGCUUCGGACCCCGCAAUGAUUCCAUUUUAAAAAUCCAGAACUGGUAUGCAGCUAAUGUCUUUAUCGAUCCUCCUGCUUUGAUGGAACAAAUCACAAGAACAUGCAAAACUAAGUGUAUUCUCUGCAAUAUGUGAGUGAAGGAGCAUUAGAUGAGUGUGUAUAGCGUGUUGUACAGAGGCACGCUCUCUGGAUGUGUAUGUGCAUGUAUAGUAUGUUAAAGCUGAACUGAUUCUCUGGUAUUUUUACCUUGAGUGUGCAUGUCCAAAACUUUCUCCCCUGCUCCCAAAGUCUGAUUUUAUCCCAAUGAUUAUUAGCCCCCCAGGUACUGUCAUGGUUGUUAAUUUUUUUUUUUAAAAGAUAAAAAUGUACAGGUUUUUAGUGAAAUGACUGUACUGUAUAUCACUCACUUUGAUUAUGUUCAUGUAUGAUUUAUCAAUCUUUGGGAUUAAAUGUAUUUAUUUGAUCAUAAAA